AUGCAAGCUGACGAAGAAAAUCUAUCAUGCCUAAUUGAAGAUGCAAAAGUAAAAUUUAACCAAUAUGCUGAAACUCAAAAAGCCUUCCAAGCUCCACAAGCACAGAUCCAUAUUGAAACAGAGUCGGAUGAAACCACCAAAGUACAUAUGGAAAUACAAUAUAAGGGAACACAGUAUUCCUUUGAAUCAAUACAAGAGAAAGAUAUAAACGAUAUUUAUUAUUAUUUAAACAGUCAACCUUUGGUAAGAGCAAAAUUUGCUAAUGGUAAUACUACUUCUCUUGAGGCAACAACAGCAAGAGUGAAUACAUUCGUCAACAGAUUUCGUAACAAAAACUCGCCUCUAUAUCUCUAUAGUGGAUUCAUAGUUUCUGAUUCUCAAACCGAAACUUUUUUGGGUAUUGCCAAUUUAGGAAGUGGAGUCGAAGCCGGCACUUCAGAGAUGGCUCGUUUGAACAGAGUAGAAUGCUGGAGUCGUCCACCGGAUGCAAUUUCAACGUAUGCAGUUACGGAUGCUAAUACUACUAAUAAAAAAACAUAUUCUGGCAUUGGUACAGCAGAGACAUGUACUUUAUUGCAAUAUGCUGCGCGAUUAAAACAGGAAGGCUAUCAAGUCAAUGGUCAUCCACUUCAAGCAGUAGUCGCUACGGCAAGAGUGGAUAAUGAGGGUUCCUGGAAAUCUAAUGCCAAAGCUGGAAUGACAUUAUACGCCGUUGAUGUUGUUUCUGGUUAUGGAUCAUCUUUACGCUAUCAAUUACGAAAAAACAUGUAA